UCUCCACUUCUACUACACCAACAGCACCUCUUCCUCCUCAUCUCAUCGCUGUCAAUGUCCUCGGUGGAUCCCACAGCAGCUUCCGCAGGCGGCAGAAAACCGGCGGAGAAGUGGCCCGGAUGGCCGGGCCAGAACGCUUUCCGACUCAUCGUGCCGGGCUCGGCUGUUGGCUCCAUCAUCGGGCGCGAAGGGAAGAUCAUCAAGAGGAUCUCCGAAGGAACCGGCGCUCGAAUCCACGUCAUUGCUCUUCCCGCCGGAACCACUGAUUGCAUCGUACUGAUAUCGGCGAAGGAACAGCCACACUUACGGCUAUCCCCAGCAAUGGAAGCUGUAAUAGAAGUAUUCAAGCGAGUUACUGGGCUGUACCCCAUUGAUGGCAAUGGGACGUGCUCAAAAGCUUCUGAGGUUAAACUAAGCUCGGUGACAUUCUUAGUAGGGUAUUCACAAGCCCUUUCGAUAAUAGGAAAAGAAGGAUCAAGAGUUAGAGCAAUUGAAGAAAGCUCAGGCACCACAGUAGGGAUUUUAUCACGAGGUUGCGCUGGAGUACCAUUUUAUGUGAGCCCGGAUGAAAGAAUCAUAAAAAUACAGGGUCAGGUUUUGAAGGUGAUGGCAGCAAUGGAAGCAGUACUGUAUCAUCUGAGGCUGUACUUAGUAGACAGCAGUGUCAUACCGGCAUUCAGCGAGAAGUACAAGACUGGUAUCUCACAGGCCGAUCAAAGCCUCUCAUUGAAUCAUUCUACCCCUGCCCAUCAGCCUGGAGCUGAUUCCAUGUAUCCCCUUCCCUUGCUGGGGCAUGAAGCCAAGGUGGAGGCAAAAAUCCCUAGCUCUCAUUCCUCAUUGUAUGCCCAAGAGCCUGUGCUUGGUGGAUUACCCUUGAGGAGGUCUGGCCAUGCCGCUGCGCCUGCUCAGAGAAUGCAAAGAAUAAAAAUCCCUUUCUCAGCUGCCAAGGAUAUCAUUGGCAUUGCUGGCGAAACUAUUGACCACAUCCGUCGGACGAGUGGAUCCACCAUCACAAUAGAAGAGGAUAGAAGCCUACCUGACGAGUACAUUCUAGAAGUGAGGGGCACAACCUCACAGCUCCAAACAGCUCAACAGCUCAUUGAGGAGCUUCUUGAGAGCCAUCACCAGCCAGGAAGGGAGGGAAGUAUCUAUGACAACAUGGAUGCUGGAUUAAGUUCCAACUCCCAGUUUGCACUACCCACCCACCCUCUUUCUCCCUUCUCACCCCAAUAUCGCUUCCCAUCUCAACCAUCAGGGGAAAACGGAAUUUCAAGUGCAGGUGAGCACACUGGUUCGAGGUUUUGGAAGGGUGAUCAGAUUUCAGAAUAAUUCCUUUCAUUGAGUUUCUGUUUGGGAGAUCCAUAGUGUUACAGGACCUUUAAGUUAUGGAAAUGAAACCUGCUUGACUUGUGGAUAGCAAGAGCAAAAAUAACACAGAGACAUGGUAAUUAAAUCUGACUUUUAUUUUCUCUUUAUUGUUCCAUGCAUUUCUAUUUACUUGUUUGGUAGCUCUGCAUAUUUUUGCAAGUUUCGUUUCUUUCUCUUCCUUUUCACCCUUGGGAUCUUAUAGUUUAUAGACUACUCGUCGACUUCUGUUGUGUUUCUAAUGCAUACUUGCCUUUACUGUUGUA